AUGUCGAACACAAACCAACAACCACCAGCCCCCAACGGGGCUCAUCAUGAGCUUGGGAAUGGCAAGAAACACAUCCUCAUCAAUGCUUUCGAUAUGAGCACUGUCGGGCACCUGUCUCCAGGACAAUGGAAGAAUCCAGUUGACAAGUCGGCAACCAAGCGCAGGCUUGAUUACUGGAUUGAACUCGCCAAACUUCUUGAGAGGGGAGGGGUCAACGCUCUGUUCCUCGCCGACACAUAUGGUGGCUACGACACAUACGAAGGGAGCGUUGACAAUUGCAUCAGGCGAGCGGCACAAUGGCCAAUAACCGACCCAACAAUUGAUUUCCAGCCCAUCUCAGCCAUGGCAGCAGUGACCAAGAAUUUGUCGUUUGCCAUCACAGCCUCGACCAGUUUUGAGCCACCUUAUCUUCUAGCCAAACGCUUUUCGACUCUGGAUCACUUCACACAGGGUCGUAUCGGUUGGAAUAUAGUGACGUCUUGGAAGAAGUCCGCCUUUAAGGCCAUUGGCCUCGACAAUCCUAUUGAACACGACGAACGCUACCGUCAAGCAGAUGAAUAUCUCCGGGUUCUUUACAAGCUAUGGGAAUCUUCGUGGUCCCCCACCGCCCUCUCCCCAGACCCAGCCAACGACAGCUACGUAGACCCGGCCCAAGUGCGCACCAUCAACCACAAAGGCAAAUAUUUCUCUCUCGACGCGAAGCAUAUCGUUGACCCCUCUCCUCAACGCACUCCCUUCCUCUUCCAAGCGGGCACCUCCUCGGCAGGCUCCGACUUUGCCGCCACCCACGCGGAAGCCAUCUUUGUCUCUGGUCACUCACCCUCAGUCUUGAGGCCAAAGAUCGACGCCAUCCGCGCCUUGGCCGCCCAAAAGGGCCGUGAUCCGAGAUCCAUCAAGGUAUUCGCCACCUUCACGCCCAUUGUUGCCGAUACAGAUGAGCUCGCCCAAGAGAAGUUGAAAGAACUCAAGAAGUAUGCUUCCACCAUUGGAGGUCUGGUGCUGGUGAGCGGCUGGACAGGAAUCGACCUAUGGACGCCGAGGUUGGUGGCUGAACACGCGGCAAUCGGCGGGCUUGGCCCAGUCAGCGUGGGAAGCCCGCAGACGGUUGCGGAUGAGCUGGAACGGUGGGUCAAGGAGGCUGAUGUGGACGGGUUUAACAUUGGGUAUGUGACCACACCGGGGACAUUUGAAGAGGUGGUGGACUUGUUAAUUCCCGAGCUGAGGAGGAGGGGGGUCUAUCCUGAGCUGCCUGAUCCGAGUGAGGAACCGGUGACGGCUAGGGAGAAGAUUUAUGGGAAGGGCCAAAAUGGGUUAAGAGAUGAUCAUGAGGGCAGUCGGUACAAGUACCACCUGUACCAGGAAGAUCCGCCUUAUAAGUCCGAGGAAGAGGGGCAGGCUUGA